AUGUAUCGUCGGUUUCAAAUCGUGAUUCUGGCGAUAUUAUGGUGGUGGAACAUCGCGACUGCCGAAAGCGACGUGGUACGGAACGAGGAUGUCUGCGGGCGUCAGAACGGACGACGUCUGUACUUGGAGCUCGGGGAGAAGGGCAUCCUGUACGGGAAGAACGUGUCCUUCGCGAAGAACGAAGCGAGGCAAGAUGGCUCGCGUGUUUACCCGAGCAACAGUUCUCACGCGCAGUGCAGCCUCGAGUUGGUGACGUGUCCGUCGUGCGUGAUAAUUGUCACCUUCCAACACAUCGGUUUGUCUCACCACUGCGGCGAUGGCAGCGUCGUGAUGGACAGCCCGUGUAGGUGCGACUACGUCUGGAUCUCGGAGCCACCGUACGAGGACGUGUCAGGAACACCAUUUUGCGGACUGUACGCCCCAAUCACGUACAGAUCGAGCACCAGGAUCCUGUCGAUCACUCUGCUCUACAGCCAAUCGCACAAACAUGCGUUCACGCUCGAGUACACGGCAGAAAGGAACAGAUUGCAUUUAAGAGGAACGGAACUAACUGGACAAACGGCGAAGGGACUGAACAGCACCGGCGGCGGAAUUCUAACGUCCCCGUUUUUCCCUGCCCGUUACCCUCGUGAUCUGGGCAUGGAGUACGUGGUCACGUGUCCCAACGAAGCACCGUCUUGUCGUAUCAGGCUGCUGUUCAGUGACUUCCAAUUGGCCACGGUGUCCAUCAUGGAAUUCUACGAUUGGAACGGGCAACGACUGGACGUGAGCAGCGGCGCCAGGUUCCGUCCACCCGUGAUAAUGAGCUCUGGUCCAUCGUUGCUGAUACGUUUCUACGCGAACGGUGGCACCGGAUUGGGCUACAAGGCAUUCUACUCGUUCGUGGUCGGCCACGCGUUGGACAAGUCCGUGCAACCGAUCACCGACUGUGGCGGCUACGUGGAAAACCUCGGCGGUACCAUUACGAUGAUGGAUAUGGUCGGCGAAGGGGUGAAGACCUACGAUUGCGUUUGGCUGAUCAGACCGCCCAAGAACUUUUUGCACAUGAAGACACAUAUGUACCUGAAAGUCGUAACCUUCGCGGAUAUGGCUGGAAACACGGAGCUGGUGGUGAGACAAGGCCCUACCUCGGCCCUUUUGCCGUUAGAAAUUUUGCGACACCCGGCGAGUCAAGUGCAACCCCCGGGACACAGAGAACACGUGGAGCCUGUCGCUAAUGGCUUCCACGUCAGCCUGCGAGGAACAUUCAGUCCAUCCUCGCACCUGGCGAUUGCCUACGCGGCCUUUAGCUACUUGGAUUGCUUCGCGGGAUCCGAUUUCCUUUGCCGAAAUCAUAGGUGCAUACAAAGUCAGUUGAACUGCGACGGUUUUGAUCAUUGUGGCGAUAACAGCGACGAACCGGCCACCUGCUUUCGAGAUUGGGAAUUGGAACCGCAGGAUCGAAAAUGGCACGUGAACAAAGCGAACUAUUACUUCCCGAAGAUCGAUCGGUACCCGGACUUGAAGACGGCCACCCUCGUGUUCGUCGCCAGUAGCCUCGGACUGAUCGUUCUGAUAUCGGCUCUGAUCGUUUUGUUGUACAGAAUGGGCGCCAGGGCUAGACAACAGAGAGAACUGCAGUCUCGAUUACAGACGAUCAGCGAGUUAUUAGACGGUGCGCGAAUCGACGAAAUCUCGGUGCCGGACGAUCCACCGGUCUACGAGGCUCCACCCGGCUACGACGAGGUCGUCAAGUUCGGAUUCGAUACGGAGAUCGUCUCCAGGAAGAAGAGGAGAGCGUUUGGCCGAGAACCGCGUAGCAGAUGCUCGCCAGGUCGAAAUUGCUCGACGGACGUUCCUCAAUCGUCCGAAUGCUCGAUGACCGAGACGACGAGCAGCACCAGUCGUGACAACGGGACGACGUCGACCCAGAACACCGACGCCAUUGUUAUACCAAGGGCCAACCGAACGUGCUGCUUGCCGGACAGCCCACCGCCACCGUACGUUACUCCACCGGGAUCGAUAUCGCGAAAUUUCAGCGCGCCUAGCUCGACGACUCUAUCAAACCCAGUUGAAGGCGAGCCAAACGACGGUCGAGUACAGCAAGAGGUGACCACCGAACAAUCGAGGCGGGAUUGGUAUCGUCGAAGCGGACAGUUCUCGCUGUCUCUUCCCGGGGUCUACGACUCGUCGCUGACGUCGGCGGAGACUCCCGUACGAGUCUCACAGUCGGUCGAUGCCGAUAUUCUCGGUGCGUAUCUUCGGAAUCGCGACGUUUCGAGUUCGUUUCGCACGGUCGACGCAUCCUGUGAUUCGCAGCCGAGGAGCUCGUGCGUUGCCUCGAGCGACAUCGAGCCAGACUGCGACGACCAAGAGGACGACGAGCCAACGACCGAGGUGUCCAGCCUGAAGGACGAGCAAGUCGAGGGAACGGACGACCGACGAGCAGAUCGAGAGUUCGAGGAAGGCGACAUCGAUAGCAGCGCCACCAAGUCGGACGACGGCUCGCCGUUCGCGUGUUCCUGCGAGGGAGCCUGCGGUUGCGCCACGGUUCGAGAAUCGACGUCGAGCAGGGAACGACGCGAGCUCGACGUCGCCCGUCGAUGGCCGUUUAGACGCGGUUCCGUCGAGCGGGACGACGAGGAAACGGAGAAGGAAGGAGAGUACGAGGGGGAGCAGUCCUCUCGAAGGAAGAACGCUAUUGUUAGGUUGCUUGGCGCGAGGGCCAGCAGAUGGCAGUGCGGUAGCGGUGGCUCGACGAGCGCUUCGACGCCGUGCGGAACGCUUCGCCGGUCCUCGAGGAGGUUCAACGUUUGCUCACGGGACGGUCACAUACGGCGGAUAUCUACCAUCGGAUCGAUCAGCAGCUACGAGAAACUGAGCAACUGCGAGUUCGAGGUCGCGCGGAAAACCCUUCUGCACAUUUCUGAUCCUAGUUCGGUUGACUCGAAUGGUCAACGACGACGCGCUCGACGUUACUCCAGCUGUGAUCUGGAAGGGUUCUGCGAGGGUAUCAGGGUACUGGACGGAGUUCUGACGCGAAGAGGUCUCGCGAUGACGCACGGACGCAAGCAAUCGGUCACGAUCAUGCUGUUCGGCACGCCGGAACACGGCGCGAUGCGUCGUCGUCAGGCGAUCGACGCGGAGGAAUCUCUUCCAGUCUCGCGAUAUAGUUUAGACACCAUUUCUAAUUGAUCUCUCUCUAUCUUCCAUUCGAUGUUUCUUCUCUUCGAUAUUUUCUUCUGCGAGCAUGACCCGUUUGCCGAAGUCACAUGUAAGUACUCUCGGACAAAUUGUUUACAGUGUCGUUUUAAGAACGAACGCAAAUCACGAACGCUUUCAAAUUCGUGGAAAAUAAUUGAAUCGAAACAUCAAACGGCGAUCUGUUACAGUUGUAAAUUGUACAAAUAAGUAAAAACUGUAAAACCAAUGAUUAUUUCUC